UCAAAUUGUGUCAUAAUAAAUGUGACAUCUUUGUCUUGCCCCCUGAAACGAUCCUGUGUAGUUCUGUCUGCAUAACGCCUCCAGCUUUGUUCCAGCUUUACCCCCAGAGCUUUGUCCAAGCUGGUCAUUCAGAGAACUAAUUAGUGACUGCUAAUUAUUAAUAAUUAUUAAAUGCGUUGGAUUUAAAUGGGGCUCAGUGGGCCCCUGUGCAGGCAGAGUGAGGAUGGGACUUGAAAGGGGUUUGGAACCAGUGCGAGUUCUGGGUGUGUGGUUCCUGAGCGAGGGCUGUGUGCUCUAAUCCUAACGCUAAUUCCGAGCAUCCAGCCAGUGUUUUUCACUGGUAGCAAUUCCCAGUCCUUCACCAAGAGGAUUUGCAAUGUUGUUGCAGGUGCCGGUGGUGUUCGAGGACGUGGCGGUCUAUUUCUCACCGGAGGAAUGGGCGGAGUUAGCCAAAUGGCAGAGGGAGCUGUACCGGGACGUGAUGAAGGAGAAUUACGAGCUGGUGGCUUCACUGGGGCAUCCUGGUGUCAAACCCGAGAUCAUCUGCCAGAUGGAGCGAGGGGAAGAGCCAUGUGUGGAGGAUCCCUGGGGCUGGGAAGAGAGAAGCACAACCCAGAAACCCUGCUCAGCAGAUGGUGAGAUGAAGGAUGACGAUGAGGAAGGUACUAGAACCCUGGAUCUUCCCAAGACAUCCCCAGAACAGACUGGAGGGGACCUCCACCAGCACUCAAGGAAAAAGCAAAGAUACAAAAGUCAGAGCAAAUCACAAAAGCAGCAGAGAAAUAUUAUGCAGGAAAAACUCAUGCCCCUCCUCAGGCCCCAGAGACACAGAGCCAGCCGGCAGGGGCGGACACGCCUGACUGCCCAGCAGGGAGAGCCCACGGAGAGGAAACCAUUCUCGUGCCCGGAAUGCGGAAGGAGCUGUAUGACGAAGGGCAACCUCAAAAUACACCAGCGAGUGCACACGGGGGAGGGGCUGUUUCCCUGCAGCCAGUGCGGGAAAUGCUUCACCACCAAGGGCAACCUCAAAAUGCACCAGCGCAUGCACAGCGAGGAGCGGCCCUUCGUGUGCACCGAGUGCGGAAAGAGCUUCAUCGCCCCGGGCAACCUCAAAAUGCACCAGCGCCUGCACAGCGGGGAGAGGCUGUUCCUGUGCACUGAGUGUGGGAAACAUUUCACCAGGAAAGACAUCCUCAAACUGCACCAGAGGGUGCACACAGGGGAGCGGCCUUUCCAGUGCACGGAGUGUGGGAAGAGCUUCACUCAGAAGGUGAAUCUCCUGACACACCAGCGGUGCCACACGGGGGAGCGCCCGUUCGCCUGCUGUCAGUGUGGGAAGAGCUUUGCCCAGAAGGGCACGCUCAACACGCACCAGAAAAGCCACGUGCGUGAGUGGCACUUUGCAUGUGCUGAGUGCAAGGAGAGAUUUGCCUCCAACAGGGACCUCACGAUGCACCAGAGGAUUCACACCAGGCAGCGCUCAUACAUGUGCAGCCAGUGUGGGAAAUGCUUCACGCAGCCGGGCAAUCUCCUGACGCACCAGCGAGUGCACACGGGGGCUGCAGCCAUGCGCCGGAGAGGCCACGUCAGUGCACGCAAGAAACGCGCAGCGCGACACCACUACUACGAGCUGUCCAAGGAGAGAGCGAGAGCAGCCAAGGCUCUGGCAGGCCGCACCUUCAGCUACAAGACCAGCCUGGGGGUGCACAUGCGUGCCCACACGGGCGAGCGCCCCUUCAUGUGCCCCUCCUGCAGAAAGAGUUUCAAGAAUAAGACCUACCUGGUGGUGCACCAGCGCGUGCAUACCGGCGUGCGGCCCUACGCGUGCGCCGAGUGCAGCAAGAGUUUCCUGCAGAAGCGAGACCUGACGGUGCACCAGCGUGUGCACAGCAAGGAGAGCCCCUUCCUCUGCUCUGAGUGCGGCCGGCGCUUCCGCUACAAGUCGAGCCUGGCCAUCCAUCAGCGCACGCACACGGGCGAGCGCCCCUUCCCCUGCUCCGAGUGCGGCCGGCAUUUCAAGUACAAGACCAACCUACUGAUCCACCAGCGCGUGCACACUGGCGAGCGCCCCUACCCCUGCCCGCAGUGCAGCAAGAGCUUCACCUGCAGCACCAACCUCAUCAUGCACCAGAUCACCCACGACAGGCUGGGCGCCCGGCAGCAGGAGGGGCCACGGGUGCCGCCGGCAGCCAGGCGGCGGGAGAGGGAGAGAGCCCGCACGGCCGACCAGCCCUUCGUGUGUGCCGAGUGUGGCAAAGGAUUCAAGAAGCACGGCUUCCUUAUCAUCCACCAGCGGACCCAUUGCCCAGCGCCUGCCGGAGCUAGCGCAGAGCAGGCAGCCAGGCCAGGGAAAGCCACGUGCCCCCCGCCACACCCAGCCCUUGCUCUGGCCAGGGAGUGGCUUGGAGCACAGGGCACCAAGGGAGCGUCUGACCACGCGACGUGCUAGCCACAGCGGUGGGCUGGGCCUGCCUGCUGUGUGCUCUACUGCAGGCUGGUGUGACUGGGCCCAGCCUCUCCCUGAGCCUUGGGCAUGGUGCCCCACACUAACUUCAGUGUGCUCGGAAAUAAACCGUUCCCCACA